AUGUGUGUUGCAAAAUUUAUGCAACUAACUGUAUAUAAAGAUAAAUCAUAUAUAACAACACUUAAGUGGCAUGGUGAUACACUACCAGAUAAAAAUGAAUUUCCACCAUUUUUGACAAAUUUAUAUUGCACUCUUAUAAUAUGUUACCAAUUGAUAAAUUCUUGGUUUAAAUAUGAAUUAGAAAAUUAUGAAGAGGAACCAAUUUUCUCCACCCCAACAACGGGUGGAUCUUAA